UUAGAGAACUGGAGGCCACAAAGGGAACUACCCCCCAAAGCAGCCCCAUUUGCAGGCUCACUCCCAUGAUCCUUUGCUGGCCACAGCCAUCAAAGACCACCAAAGACAGUUCUCUUAGCUUCACCAACAUCUCCACGGCACCCGAUGGUUUUCAAAACACGUUUACUUCUGACUUUUGAUUCAGGCCAGGCUGGCAAUCGCUCCUGUCACGAUGAAGGCACUGAGGAGGCCAGAGAGGGGGUGACGUGCUCAGCAGAUGAUCAGCAGAGCCAGGAUUUGAACCUGGGUCUCCUGCCCCUAAAUUCCGGGUGGUGGCACUUGAUCUUGGUUGUGUGGGGGAUGAGGGCAUGGGAAUUGGGGUCUGAGAGCCUUGGUUUCAGAUCCCGACUCUUUCCUCACAGCCCAUUUACCUUGAGCGGCUUUUUAUUUAUUUGUUUUCUAACCAUUCUGAGCCUCAGUUUCCACAUUGGCGAAAUGGAGACACUACCAGCCACUUCCCAGGCCUGUGGUGAGGUGGAAACGGAGUGAUUCUAGCCAGGCCCAUAAUAGAUGCUCCAUGAAUUUUAGUUCUCUUUGCUCCUUUUCCACCAUCCCGGUGGCCCAGGCCCAGGUCCGGGGUGAGGAGGCGUGGGGUCGUGGGUGAUGGUGACAGAUGGACAGACUGGGCUCCUCAGGGGAAGGCACGCAGACAGGGCAGGGACCAAAUGCCAUCUGUGAGGCCACUCCCGAUUUAUGGGAUCUGGUGCAAAGUCUUUGAAGAGGCAAUAAAAUUCAUAUUCUGCUCCGAAGUGACAACAGCCGAGAGUCCGGACUUAGCCAACCAAAUUGAACAAUUUUAUUUUAUUUUUUACAAGGCAGGGAAUGCUGGAUGGGUAGCAAAAAGUCACGUUCUAAUGCGAUCAGCUUUCUGGACUAGGACUAGGCUUUCCCAAGAGUAACACGCCAACACCCUACAAAGAGGGUAUAUAACCGCCCCAGAGAGGCCGGGAGAACCCAGAACCCCAGCUUCCUGCUCAGCUCCACCGUCCUCUGCUAGCAUCAUGGCCACCCAGACCUGCUCCCCGAUCUCUUCUGGGUCCAUCAAGGUCCUCUGUGGCCCAGCGGGCGGGCUCUCUCGGGUGUCCCCCGUCCGCUCCAUGGGCUCCUGCAGAGGUGCUGCGGGCUCGGCCUCCUCCGGCCGGCUGGGCCUCUCGAGCCUGGGAAGCUGCUUGCCCAGCUCCUGCCUGUCCUCUGGGUGCUACCCCUCUGGCUUUGCUGGGAGCGGGGUCUGGCUCUGCGAGGGCUCCUUCAAUGGCAGCGAGAAGGAGACCAUGCAGUUCCUGAACGACCGCCUGGCCAACUACCUGGAGAAGGUGCGGCAGCUGGAGCGGGAGAACGCGGAGCUGGAGAGCCGCAUCCGGGAGUGGUGUGAGUGUCAGAUCCCGUACAUCUGCCCCGACUACCAGUCCUACUUCAAGACCAUUGAGGAGCUGCAGCAGAAGAUCCUGCUGACCAAGGCCGAGAACACCAGGCUGCUUCUGCAAAUUGACAAUGCCAAGCUGGCUGCUGACGACUUUCGCACCAAGUACGAGACGGAGCUGGGCCUGCGGCAGCUGGUGGAGUCAGACAUGAAUGGGCUGCGCAGGAUCCUGGACGAGCUGACCCUGUGCAAGGCCGACCUGGAGGCCCAGGUGGAGUCCCUGAAGGAGGAGCUGCUCUGCCUCAAGAAGAACCACGAGGAGGAAGUCAACACACUCCAUUGCCAACUCGGGGACCGACUGAAUGUGGAGGUGGACGCCGCCCCCCCAGUGGAUCUCAACAAGAUCCUGGAUGACAUGAGAUGCCAGUAUGAGGCCCUGGUGGAGAAUAACCGCAGAGACGUGGAGGCCUGGUUCAACACACAGACCGAGGAGCUGAACCAGCAGGUGGUGUCCAGCUCAGAGCAGCUUCAGUGCUGCCAGACGGAGAUCAUCGAGCUGAGACGCACGGUCAACGCCCUGGAGAUCGAGCUGCAGGCCCAGCACAGCAUGCGGAACUCCCUGGAAUGCACGCUGGAGGAGACCGAGGCCCGCUACAGCUCGCAGCUGGCCCAGAUGCAGUGCCUGAUCAGCAACGUGGAGGCCCAGUUGGCCGAGAUCCGCUGUGACCUGGAGCGGCAGAACCAGGAGUACCAGCUCCUCCUGGACGUCAAGGCCCGGCUGGAGUCGGAGAUCGCCACCUACCGCUGCCUGUUGGAGGGAGAGGACUGCAAGCUCCCUCCCCACCCUUGUGCCACGGAAUGCAAGCCUGCCGGUAGAGUUCCCUACGUCUCGGGCAUGUCCUGUGCCCCGGCUCCCUAGGGCAGCAUCUAGAUUCGCACCAUCGCCGAGGAGAUCCGAGAUGGGAGAGUCACUUCCUCCAGGAGCACAAGCAGGCCUGCCCGCUGUGCCCAGCCGCCCAGCCCAGAGGGCGGGCCCUGGCCCACAGGAGGGAGGCCACCCCUGUGGCUCCCGGCUCUCAACAACCCCCCUUCCCUACAGGGGCUCCCCGCUCAGCAGGCUUUUUCUACCGAAAUACUUCUUAUAUUGUGCUUCUCCAUUUCACUGCUUUCAUGCAUGCAAAACUAGGUUUCCCUGGAAAU